UCGUCAAUACACGCGCGGAUGCUUUGGUGCUAAGUAUAUCGCAUUUGCUAAACGGCUCCGCCCGGCGUUCUAUAUCUGUAGAUACGAGGAGACCAACACUGUGUUAUCCGCGUUGGGCUUUGCCGGGACUCCGGUGAUAGUACAGUUGGCAGUUUCGCGAGAGUCUCUCUCCUCGAAACCACGAGCCGUGACCGCCUCUCUUUCUCCUUUUUCUCGUUCUGUCUCUUUCCUUUUUCGUACUAUUAUCAUCGGCAUCGGGCCCUCGUCGUCAUCCUCGUCGUGCUCUCCGCGUCGUCUUCGUCGUGUGUUACGUGCCGUACCAAAACGUGCCCUCGUCGUCGUCGGUCAGGUUCUUCUUCCGUGUUCCUCUCUCGCCGAAGCGUGUACUCGGUGCAAACUUACAGGAGUUCUCGUUUCUGCGAAAAUUGUGUGUUGAACACUUGUUGAAAAAUUUGAAAAGUGUCGUCGAACUGAAAAAAAAACGGAAAGUGAAUUCGAUCCCGUCGGUCGCGCUAUUUUGCUUCUGAUAAGCGGCACGUUCGUUCGAAUCGGAGGCCCUCGGGAUCGAUUUUCGACGAAAACAUUGAUCGUCGUGUCUCAGAUUCAAAGAAGCACAGACUACAGCGAUCGCGAGUGAAAGAUCGCCGCGGUGUUCAAACUCGGCGCUCACCAUGAUGAAUAAUUAUUCGCCGACGAGCGAUUGCCAGCAGGCGAUUCGCGAAAACGUCAGUCAAGGCAUGCACCAGCAGCAGCAGCAGCAGCAGCAGGAAGAACCCCCGAGGAUGGAGGAGGAAGCAGUGACCAAGAGAACGACAAUCACAACGAACAUUGAAUCGAGAAAGGAAAACGCCGAUCAAGAGAUAAUCACCCGAAUGGAAAACGUCGCUGCAAGCACGAACGAUAAAAUCAUCAAUGAAAAUUCUGCGACUUCGGACUCGAGAAGCUGCCAAUCUCAAGACGAAAAAAAACCAUCGAAAGACCGUGCCGGGACGAUCAAUUUGAUGCAGUGUGGCUCCCUGGAAAUCGACGAGGAACGUCAGCGUCGGGUCGCCAUGAUGGAGUCGCUCUGUCAGGUGAACGGCAAGGGGACGUCGAGUGGCGGCGGGGGUGGCGGCAGCAACAGCAGCAUCAGUAGCAGCAGCGGGUGCAGUACCGGAAGUACAAGCAGUUUGAGCAGUUCGACGAGCAGCAUCAGCAAUGGAAGUAUCGUUGGGGGUGGAACUCACAGCAGUAGCAAAUUGCAUCGGGAGAGCAACAACAACAACAACAACAACAACAACAACAACAACAACAACAACAACAACAACAACAACGAGUAUUCGGAUCCUCAGCAGAGGUUAGCCGUGCUGAGUUUCGAGCAGGUGCGUCGUUUGAACGACGUGAUGAACGAGGUAGUGAGCAUUCACGGUCGCGGUAAUUUCCCAACGCUGGAAGUACGACUGCGAGAUCUUGUGACGGUGGUUCGAAGCAAAUUGGAAGCGGAUCCGAGUUCGGGUGGUGCGGGUAUGAGAGUAAGAGACAUAAGGCUGAACGGUGGUGCUGCGUCUCACGUGCUGGCGACCGAAUCGCAGCCGUACAACGAUCUCGAUUUGAUAUUCGCGGUCGAGCUGACGAGUGGUCGAAAUUACGACAGGGUUAAAGCGGCUGUGUUGGGUUCCCUGUUCGAUUUGUUGCCGGAGGGUGUAUCCCGGAAGCGUAUCACGACGUGCAGUUUAAAAGAGGCCUACGUGAGUAAAAUGGUAAAAGUAAACAACGACGGUGACCGAUGGUCGUUGAUAUCGCUGGGCAAUUCUCGGGGGCAUCGAAACGUCGAGCUCAAAUUCGUCGACACGAUGAGACGUCAGUUCGAAUUCUCGGUCGAUUCGUUUCAAAUCGUGCUCGAUUCUCUCCUCUUAUUUUACGAGUGUAGCAAAUUGCCGAUUGGCGAAAAUUUCUAUCCCACCGUCGUCGGGGAAUCGGUCUACGGUGAUUUCCAGGAAGCUCUUUAUCACCUUCACAAGAAGCUCAUCUCGACGAGGCAUCCGGAGGAGAUAAGGGGCGGCGGCCUCCUAAAAUACUGCAAUUUGCUCGUCAAAAUGUACAAACCGGCUCAACCCGAUUACAUAAAAACCCUCGAGAGAUACAUGUGCUCGAGAUUCUUCAUCGACUUUCCGGACGUCGGCCAGCAGCAGGCUAAGCUCGAAAAUUAUCUCUGGAAUCACUUUGUCGGCCAGGAGGAAGAAUCACUUAAAUAUCAGUAUCUGACCCUCCUCCACAGCGUCGUCGAGGAGUCGACCGUUUGCCUCAUGGGACACGAGAGAAGACAGACUCUCGGGCUCAUCGAGAAUCUCGCUUUUCAAGUCUUGUGCCAAGAACAAGCCAAGUUCUCGGGUCAGCAGCCCCAGCAGCAGCCCCAACAGCAGCAACAACCUGCCACCUUUUUGUACACAACGAACGGGGCCUAUCCAAAUCCCGGUUAUUACUACGCCCCGGUAGUCCCGACCGCGUGUUAUACCUGCACGUGUACCUCGUGGAUGGCUUGCAGCUCGUGAUGCGACCAUCAAACCCUCGUCUACUCUAAACUCGAUUCCUCACAAUCUUCUUCUUCUUCUUCUUCUCCUCCUCCUCCUCCUCCUCCUCUCGGGCUUCCGACAGGGGACCACCCCGCGGAUCAACGGGCCCUUUAUUAUCCUCGCGAACACGCGGACGAUUGGGAAUCAACGAGUGCGCCAUUCUCCGGGGCCUCCUCUUCGACCAAUCGUCACUUUCAUCAUCAUCAUUAUCACCACUAUCAUCACCAUCACUAUCAUCACGAUAAUCACUGUCAUCUUGUGCACCAAGGACAAUAGAAGGACGAAAAUUAAGACGAGAGAGAGAGAGAGAGAGAGAGGGAGAGAGACCUUUUGCCUUUCUUCACUUUUUACUCUCUUUUCUUUCUCUCUUUAUUUUCUCCUCUCUCUCUCUCUCUUUCUCUCUCUCUCUCUCUCUUCGUUUCUUUUUAUUUUCACCUUCGCAUUCUUAUUAUUUGGGGGACAAUACUACGCGACCUGUAAAAAUAUAACAAACAAACAAAAAACAGUGCUGUGCCUAAAUAUCGAAACAUUGUGAGGACAAACCGGGAAAAUUAAGCGUUUCGAUUACCGCGCGGGGUUUGUAAAGACGAAACGUACCGACAUCAUCAUCAUCAACAACAACAACAACAACAACAACAACAACAUGAACAACGAGAUCGGGAGAGGGAGAGAGGACUAAAGGAAAGAGAGAGCAACCGAGAAAUAUAUUAACUGCGAAAUCCCCUUUGGCAGGGAUUGAACGAUACAUUAAACGAUAAUUGUAACGAUUCAAGUCGAACUAAAGUCCCCCGAUCGACGCCGGGGACGCUUAAGCAGCAUCCCUUCAAAGUCAUUCCGAAAUACGAAAAGAAUCUUUUCAUUCAUACGAAUUAAUGCGGGAAUAUUCAAAGAAAAGAUACAAAAAAAAUCUAAUAGGAAAAAAAACGAAAAGUCGAAUAAAAAAAUUCAUUAAAAAUCUCUACGGCGAGGAAAUAUUAAAAAAAAUAUAUAUAUAUAUAUAAUAAAUAAAUGAAAGAAAAAAAAACCCCACAAAAACAACAAAAACAAGAAAUAAUGAAAGAAAAAAUUGUUAAGAAGAUCCUGAGGGAAAGUGAAAGAUUACGACAAUGAAUCUGUGAGACGCUAUGCUGAUUACAGGUGUCAGUCGAGAUCGCCUGACUUUAUGGAAAAGACACUUGUGCGUCCUGUGCGCUCGCCGAUAUUUCGAAGCUGCGAAACAAACGAAUAUCGGAAAGGUAGCGAGACCGAGUGAGAGAGUGGGAGAGAAAGAGAGCGCGAGCGCGAUUGAAUGAAAAUAAUGAAAAGAUUGCGAGACGAGGCGUUAUAAAUAUAUACAUAUUAACUAUAAAUACAAUAUUACGUUAUGUUUAAAUAUAUUAAUGUGUGGCUGUGAUCACAUUUCAUUAAGAUAGACGUAAGAUUAAAUGAAAAUACGGUUGUGCAAAUAUAGAAAAGAAAAAGGGAAAAGCACAUGCGCGAGAUGAAGGGAGGAAAAAUCGGCCAUCGUUAUCGAGAGGACGGAAUUCGAUCGCUUUAUGGCUAGAUGUGACGAGACGCAAGUGUGUGAUUUACCAAAAGAAGAGUACAUUGCAGCCCGAAAGCCGCGAGAAAAAACGCAAGCUCUAAGCCGAGAAAGACCCAUUCGCGAACGAUAUUUUCAUCCCCCCUACUCAAAAGUCAUUGUAACGUUUCGUUGAACCGGAUUAAGUUACUCGACUCGCCGCGUGUAACCGAACGAUUAAAUUCAAGUUCGAUUUCUUCACUCGAUCAACAAAUAUAACGUGAACGACCUUUCGAGCAUUAGCGGUCCGAAAAAAAUAUAAAAAAUACAAAACUAAGGGACGCGGAAAAUUUGGAAGCUCAUGAGCAGCAUAACUACAAAUUUAUUCAAACCUGCUAACAAUCUGACUGCGAUAACAACUCUAUAUACGAUAUUGAUAUUUCUACUCGUUGAUCAUUUAUUCGAGAAAAAUAUUCAACGGGCUUCAUGACUCAUCCAUGUCUUCGGAGAAAAACUCCGUUUGCGUAACCUUUCGUCAAAGACACACGAGACUAAAAUGACCUUCGUGACAUAUAGAAACAUCUAUUGACGUUAAAAACACUGUAGAAACUUUGAAACCUCGAAAGGCAGAGAGAGCGAGAGAAAGGGGAGCGCGAAAAGCGUCGUAACGAGACUUGAUUUUUUUUCCAAAAAAAUCAAAGUUUUGAGGAAAAAUCGUACGAAAAACUUGUCCGAAGCGUUAAGCAUAAAUUGAGCACGUUCUGCGGAGCUCAGCCAGUGAUUCGAAGCUCCUUCGAGAAUUUUUCGAGUCUCGAGGAGCCACCGCUCUUGCUCUCCAAUUUAAUUUGACGUCUCGUACUCGCACUCUGCUCUAUUAAUGCGUUUCGCACUGUCCUUCCUCUCGGCUCGCUCUUCCUCUCGAUUGACCGAGCGAAAGUCAGAUCCGAUACUUAAAAAAAGACAGACAAACUGGUUUUCCCGCUGCAAUGUGUUCUCGCAGAGGCAGCCUUUUGCAUAUUCACGUGUCUCCGGAGCCAACGGAAUUCUGGAUUCUGGCGAGAACACUAUUUCAUUGUGGGUACAACCAUUUUUUUGGCGAAAUGACAAUGAUUGUUGCGAUUAUCGGAGCGGCUCGAAAAAACUCACGCGAUAGUCUAUGAUUGAGUACUACAAUUUAAGAGUCCCGUAAACAAGAAAAAGAAGAAGAAGAAGAAUAAUUAGAAAUAAUGAUAACUCUUUGACACAUCCGAAUGGCUGACUACUUUUUUGUUUGCGCGGAAACAAAAUAAAGUUGUCAUGCGAAAUAAAUUAUCGCACGCGAUUAAUUGACCUCGCUAUUUUCUCGGAAAUUAUUAAUAGUCGGGAAGCAGAAACGUCGCGCCGCGGAAGCCUGAAUCCGUAUUAUAAGAAUCUAUGGAUUCAUUAUCGAGGGAAUGAAAACUCAUUUUUUUUUUCCAAAGAAGUGAAAAAUUGCUCGUUCUCGAUUUGAAUAAUGGUCGAGAGGCAGAGAGAGAGAGAGAGAAGAAUUUUUAUUCCCUCUCGCGUUGUUCCGAGCAUCGAAUGUUUAUUUUUAGAGAGAGAAAAAAUUUCGUCAAACCAGGAAGCAUUAACGUCUUGGAAGAUUCGAUGAGGUUGGAAAGCUUUUCAUUUACUUUUCCAGGCCGACCGAGGUCGUUUAUCCGUGGAUGAACUUGAAGUUCGUAUUGCCAUAUGGCGAAAUAACUCCUCGUUCAACGACCACGCGUAUACGUUUACGUCACGCAAUAAAACUCGUAGAAUCCCCAACCGUAUUGCAAGCAAACUCCACUCGGAGCUCCGAGAUUUGCACAGAAACGAGUUUUCCGGCUUUUUUCCAUUUCUCUUCAUUUUUUUAUCGCUCGCAACCGGUAGCAAUGUCCGCUCGAGGAUGAGGAGGCUCGAGGCGAGGAUACGAGCAGUUCUGUCGCGUGAUAAGACCAACAAAAAAGUCGUUUGAUAACUCGCGCAAAUCUUAUGCACACGGAUCUUACUCGUGCGCGGGAAUGUUCGAGACGUUUCGUGCCAAAAGGCUCGCUUUUCGUAUAUUUUCUCCCCACGAAUUCAAUUCUUUUUUCAUCCCAGUAAAUAAUGAGGAUAAAAUUAUAAAAACAAAAAUAUUUUUCCGCGUGUGCGAAUUUCGAGGAAACGGACGAUCCAUUUUCUUUCGGAAAUUCAAUCAACGAAACGAGGGUCUGAAAUUUCGGUGCGAUCGUUGAGCUUAAAAUUAUACAAAAAGUCACUUUUUCACUUGAAUUCACAAAUUGGCGACGAGCGGUUAUAAAAAUUUUUCAAAAUUUAAUCCCAUGCACUUGACAUGGAAUUUUAUAAUCGCUCGUAAUGGAAAGUCGAAACAAAAUUCCACUUGGCGGCGAGCCCCCGCUGAUCGAGCUUCCGGUUGAUAAAGAGCGAUAAAGAAAAUAAAGGUGAAAAGAAAAAGGCACUGAGAAGCUCGGCGAGCGAGGUAGUUGAGCCGAAAUCGUUUCCGUUAUCACCCAUUUUCUCAUUCGCCAUCGUGAAUAUGUAUUAGAAUUUAGAACGAUUUGUAAUGCGCCAAAAAUGGACGGGAGCACGCGAGGCUCUCGGAAAACUUAUUUUCUACAUUCAAAGACUGCGUGAAAACUUUCGAAAAUAAUAUUUCAAACUCGUCGAGCGUGAAAAACGAGAAAGAAAAGCGUGCGAGAGACUUUUUACGAAGCUCGACGAAAUUGUACGGGAGUGAGGGUCGAUGCAAAAAACCGAAAAUACGAUCGUCCUUAUCACGAAAGUUCAAGUUCUGACCUCCCUUAUUGCCUGGAUUGUAUAAAACCGUUAAUUUCCGUUGCGUACAGUUGGCUAAUUAGAACAGAGAAAAUUCAAUAUUGCACUCACGUCCAACAAUUCGAGUUUUCGUUCGAACGAUUCUCAUCAAAAUUAAUUACAAAUUAGUUUCAAAUUAUUUUAAUUAGUUCCGAUGACACCCCGCUGCCGCUCUUUCUCACGUUGAGCCACAUCGCCCUUGAAAUCUAAAGUCAUUAAAUCGUCCGACGACGCUGUUGUUUGUAACAGUCGGUGUUCGAAGCGUUUGCACGUCGAACGAUAUCCGAAUCAUAUACUCACUCUAUCCGUAGACAAAUGUAACGAAAAUCCUUAAAAAAACGAAUCGAUCGUUUUUCCUCAAAAACGAUCGAUCGAUUAAAUUUUUAUUCAAUCCGAUGCACGAUGUUUUUUUUAUACGAUUUUGUAGACAAAAAAGGAAGAAAAGAAAUUGUGCCUCACCGAAGAUUUGAGACAUUCUUCGUGAGCGAAAAAAUAGCGCGCGUUUCAGGCUGCAAUGUGCUAAAAACAAAAAAGAAACAGUUAAGUUGUUUAUGCGGAGAGAUAACGAAAUAAAACAAACAAACUCCCAGUUCUGUCGCCGAAAUUAUGUAACAAAUUGUAUCAUUUUACGACAUAUUUAAUUAAUAUCAUUGUACGAAUAUAAAAUGAAGGAUAUAUUAUGAUUAUUGGAGAAAAAAAACGAAUGGAAACGAUAAUACGAGUUGACUUUACUAUGAAAUUUCCAAGUCUGUGUCUGCACCGAUUGAGAUCCUCCUUCCCCUUCAAAAACGCUCCGUCGAAUCUUGCGUCUCGUCUCGUUUGUUACUCGAAGGCGCGAGUCUCAACGCGUCGAUAGAAUUUGUGUUACGCCGAACGAAAAAAAAAGCGUGCGCAUCGAACUUUCGAGGGCUUUACGACGAAAAAGGGAAAAACGUCAGAAGAGAUGACAAAUUCGCAAACGUUUUGUCGGUAAACGGGGAAACGAUUGUACGAACAAAAGGAUUCUCGCCACGUGAUUAACAGGCAGAUUUGGAUCGAACCCGUAACGAAAGAGUCGCUUCUCUCAAGAAUAGAAAAUUAAAGAGGAUUAAAACUCCGUUUGCGAUAGUGUUACGCAACUAGUUGGUAAAUUUAUCGUUGUGUAUUCAAACGAAGAUUGACGACACCUUUUUUAUUCGAAUGGCCUCGAUUCUUAACACAAGCGUUUAAAAAGUACGGGAUCCGUAACUGAAUUUUGUUGCAUCUCGAGUCGAAUUGACAGUUUCGAUCAUUUGUCACGAUGUUUUUCGACCAGCUUGUGAAAAAUUGUUCGCGGUUUUUCGAAUGUUUACUCAGUUUUCGACACGUAGUUGCAGCCAGAAAAGAACCGAUCAAUCAAACUAGAAAUUUUUAUCAAAGUGUCCGAACCAUAAAGCAAGAUGGCGACAGAAAAACGUCGUGUUCGAUCGCGCAACCGCGAGCGUCUCGAACGCCCUCUACUCGACCGAAUUGUGCACGAACUUGCUUAAAAAAAUCGAGGAAUUUUUGUGACACGUCAAAUGUCUCUGAGAACAAUUCUCACCGAGUUCACCAACCGUGAUAACAAAACGAAUGCACAUCACAACGCUCGGGCACACGUGACGUCAAAUCGUUCGACAGAACGCGUGCUCUCCAAGCUUUUUUUUCAAGAGGCACGUGAUCCGGCUUGAGCCGCUCGUCCUCUAACGAGCUACGAGCCAAUAUCAUAUACUCUUCGAUACACAAGCUCACCAAAGGUUUCAUUCGAAUAAAAUUUUCGAAUAGAAACGAAAUCCGUUAACAAAGAAUCGGGAAUGCUGAAAUUCUUUUCGGGAACUACACUAAACAGGGUUUUUCCAAUAUUUAUUCGAAAAGUAUAUUUUUCGUCAAAUAUUUUCUUCAGAACGUGUAACUCGUUCUGAAGUACCAGGAUUUAUAAUUAAAUGCAAAUUUCGUACUUAAUGUCGGCGAUGAAAAAAAUGAGGUUACCCCGCUCGAAAGUCAGUCCACAUCACACUCGCGUACUUAAUUUUUCAACGGACUGAUGCGCAGAAAGACAUGCAUCCAAAAAAAAAGAUAAUUUUGGUCAUAAAUAUAAUCGAAAAAAGUGCAGUCGCAUCGCUUCGUAGCUAAAAAUUCACUAGACGAAAUUCACGAAUCGCGCAUUGCCAAUGUACGAUUUUCAGCUUUCGUUAUUCGCAUUUGAGAAUUUUUUGUACUCACGUGUUUUUUCGCUCUCUCGUGGCUUAUUACGUUGGUGAAUUCCGGUUCCCGCGGGCAUAAAGGCUCGAUCAUUUUUUGUCUCCUCUGAUCGCGAUAAAGUUAACGCAAUUUCGUUGAACGUUAAGAGAGAAAGAGUAAGAGUUUGGCUGUUCCAACGAGGAUCCAGAAGUAUAAACACUUUUGUCACAGCGACGCUCUUCCUGCUGCGACCGUUAGUAAAGAAAAACGCCAGUGGCUCCCCCAUUUUUUUUCAGCGCUCAGCGGCCAAUCGUGUGCCAUUUCGGCGGUCGCCAUGUUUGGCGACAGAGAGAGAGAGAGAAUAGUGAGAAAAGAAAACGUCCAAAAAAGACUAUUGAGAGUAUAGCGUCGAAAUCCUCGCUCGAAGAACAAGAAAAGUAGUAGAAUAAGAAUCGGGUGGGAAGGUACAGAAAGACGCCACACUGAGAUCGAAAAAUAUGUAAAAUAGUAAUUUAGUUUCCUAAAAGUCUGCGCUUCGAGAUUCGAGUGAGAGGAAAAGCCUCUUUUCUCGUCGUGUUUCCAAUCUGUCUUUCUCUACAUAUUUGUAAUAAUGUGAAAAAUAAAAUAAAAAAUCUGUUUGUCGUGAUAUCGAGUAACGUACUGUAUGAAAAUAGGUUGGUGAAAACAAUAAAAACGUAAUAUAAAGAAAUAACGAAAAUGACGUAUUGAAACGCCUCGUCGAGCUCGCGAGAGACCGUCCGGACCAGAAUAUCAGGAAUAUGAAUGAGCAACGCCAGAAAGACUUUUAUAAAUCGCUGUGAGAAUAGUUGUCUUUUUUUUAAUCUAAUUUCUCACUCGCUCCUCUCCGAGCAUAUGUAUUUUAUCGAUAAUGUAUAUGUGUAUAGCGGAGAAUAAAAAUCAUUGAAAUUCGACAAACACUGUCUGAUCGACGUAAAUGAAAAAUGAAACAAACGCUAUGAUUAGUCAUCUCUCACACAGCAAACAAACAAAACUCACUUGAAUGUUGUUACACUCACCCAUGAAAACUGACACAUCGAGAAACAUAAUAAAAACUUAGAGCAUUGUAACACCGGAAAGUAAAAGUCACGACGCGAAUAACGACGCACGUUCGAUAUCGCGCGUGUGCAUCCAAGUUUCGGAAAAAGAAAUAAGAGGUUAUAUCUAUAAAAACAAAGUGUAACGAUACCGUUUAUUAUUUACUGAUACAUCGAUAAUAUUAAUUGUAAUUGUAUUUUUAGAAUUUAAAUAUAAUCCGUUUGUAUAUCGUGGUGAAAAAUACAAAAAAAUAUGUAAGCAGCGAGAAAGAGCGUGUGAAAGAGGGAGCGAGAGUCGACGAUAAUUAACGAGCUCUAAGAGUGCAAAAAAGAACGAAUGAUUGUAGAGAAAAGUAUAUUUUAAAGAGAAGAAAUACGAAUUGAGAAAAUAAAGAUUCUAUUAAUGUGUGUACGAAUGUUUGGGCGUCAAUCUCAUUCACUUUUUUAUUUCUAUGACUUGCCCAUAUUCGUGUAUAUUAUCAUAUAUACAAGCAACUGAAAAAAACAUCAUGUUACGAUGAAUAUGCAUACAAAGUGAAAAUAAAUAUCAUGUAAACCCUGAUAAUCAAA